AUGACGUUUAUAACAUGUAAAUAUUAUUUAUUUGACGCCAAAUAAUUUUUGUUGGAUAUUAGGAUUCGCUGACAAGUAUUCCCACUAUCUGUAAACUUGUGUAUUAUUUAUCAAUCGGUGUGAGGUUAUGAUAAGGAAAUUGACUUGAGUCACAUCCUGUGCCCAAUGUUUACCAUUAGAUCACUUUUUGGAUCCCUUGGAGACUGUGAAGAUUUAUUAUUAUAUCAGAUAUGACAUUAAUUGGUGUUAGUAAUCAGGAAUUAAAAUGAUUGGUGCAGCCUGUAGUUUGGAAGAUGCGUGUCGGCAAGCUCAGGAUAUGAUUAAUCAAGUAUCUAAGUGUUGGAAAAAUGUUCAAGGACAGAAUUCUUUGAACUUUACAACUGAUAAAUCAUCACAAAAAAAGGAACAGAAUCAUUCUAAACACAGCAUACAGUCCAAACUAACUAGAUUAUAUUUUGAAGAACUUACUAAAGUUCCUCAUGCAACUCCUGAUUCAGUCUUGAACAACCUUGAAAAUGAAUGUGAUCUAUUGGGAAGGUUGGUGCAAAGGGAGGGUUUGCACACAUUAAUUGUUAAUCUCUAUGCUGGUAAUAAAGGAUACUCAUUAGCUGUAAGAAAUAAUGAUAAGGGAAAUCUAUAUGAUAAAAACACAAUAUUAGCUGAAACACAACUGAUGGGUUACGAACAGGGUGAAUUGCUUUCAUGUAUAGACAAUGGUCAGUUGCCUGCAAUGUUAGCGGAGCAACUAGAAACCAGUCACUCUCAUUUAUUUUAUGAUGGCUGUAUAAUAGCUGAAGUUCGAGAUUACCGAAAAGCAUUUCCUCAUACUAAAGCUGAAGUUCAUCAUGUGCUUCUUAAACCUACAACACAAAGUGUACUCUCGGAUGUAUCAACUUUAACUAGUGAUGGAGACUGGAGUCACGAAGAACGAUUAAUGUUAGAAUCACAUUUAGUUGCAGCUACCCAAGGACCACUGUGUCUGGAUCCAAAUCCUAUUCCUAGUUUAGCUACAACAAGACUACGACAGUCUAAAUCUUUGCUUACUGAUCAUCAACUUAUGCGACAAGCCAAAAAGUUUUCUCAGGUUACAGUAAAUCGGAAAAGAAAAUUGGAGCAAUUAGCACAACCAGAGGGACUAACAAUACAAGAUUUAAUGCAAAAGCUAAGAGCUAAAAGAGGAGUAGUUACAACCACUGCCUGUCCACCGCCUUCGCUCACAAACCCUCCUUUACUUCCACCAAAUACACCCAUCGAUGUUUUAAGAUUUGCAAAAGCAUACGAACGCCCGCGAGAAACAAAAGACUGUUUGCCACAAGUUAUAGAGGAAUAUAUAUUAGAAACUGGUGGAAGUCAAGGUGAAAUAGAUCACAUAAAGCUCUCAAUUCUGCAAAGACCUUCUAAUUCUGAGUACCUGGGAGAGCUUUAUAUGGACAAAAAUCAUCGUGAAGGGGAGAAAAAUGGAUCAGCAUGUCGAUUUACGUUAGGUACAAGAGUUCUGGCGAACCAUUACAUCCAACAAUUCACAGAAAUUUUCACAGAGGAAGGCAGAAAGAAUGUUCGGAUAAAACAUGUUGUACCAGGGCAGGUCCCUCGCGUUACAUGUACACCUGGUAUGCAACGAGCGCAUCAACAGGCGCAACAAGCAAAGGCAGCGCAGCUAGUUGCUCAGCAGUUACAGCAAGCUCAAUCUCAACAUGUUGCACAGCAGAUCUUAUCACGAGCUCAAGGACAAUUAAAUACAUUAGCUGGUCAAGUGGCUUCGAUGAAAGCUAUGACAGAAGCUACUACUUCUGCACAAAAUAAUCUGACAUGUGUGGAUGCAACAAAUAUACCACAAGUUAUUACCCAAAGUGAUGCUAUAUCAGUAAGCCCAGGGCAACCCUUGACCAAUGGUGGAUCAAAUGCUUCCACCUCUGUACAAAUUGAUAAUUCUGCAAUGUCAGUGAGCGAUGGUAGCUCUUGUAAUGGAUCUGGAAUCUUAGUUUUCCAACAAAAAUCCACCAAUAGUAUUAACAAUCCCGGAUCUGCAAAUGUUCCGGUCUUGCAAGCUCAGUUGCAAGCUGGAACACAAAAUUGUGUUACGGAAACCGUUAAUCAGAGCCAAAACGAAGUACCAUUUAAAAAGCACUCCACUAAUCCAGCUAUAACUGCUCUUGUAACAUCCCUCAUGAAUUCUGCUCAACAAUUUCAACAACAAGCUGCAGCUAAUGCGGCAGCUGCUGCUAUGAACAAUAAUGCACAGACUACAAACAAGUCAAGCAAUGCUGCGAUUCUUAGUUUAUUAAAUAGUAGUCCUGCCAAUUUAACUCAACAGAAAGUCCAACCGCGAAGGAUCUCUUUGAAUGCUUCCAUCCCGUCUAGAGUCCUUGGUCAUGGAAAUGUUAUUAAUGUCCCAAAUACCACUGGCCAAGUAAGGGUGAGUUUAAGUUCUGCUUUAACAGGACAGUUGGGUUGUAAACAGCAACCAGUAAAAGCAACAGCUGUACGAUUAGCUCGCGUACAAGAUCCUACUUCAACGCUGGGAUUAUCAAUGCCAGGACUUUCAGCUUUAUUAGCAGGGACACCGUCUGCGGAUAAUCCAAUACCUGGAAUAAAUUCGGGUUCUUCUCUGCUAGAAAGAUUAACUGCUUCUUCCAGUCAAAACAAUCAGUCUACGAAUCCAAUGAUCACUCCACCGUCUACUAACGUAAAUCUGCAGGGUGUAAAUCUUACUAGUCUGCCAAAUUCUAUCAACGGUCUUCAAAAUGUUCAGGUAUCAUUUCCCGGAUUAUCACAACCUAUUACGAUGUCGCUAAAUGUGUCAGCGACGACGGGUUCUGUUACACCUACAGGAGUCAUUGUUUCCCUGCCUAUAUCAUCUGCAACCAAUACUUGCACCACGGUUUCUAGUAUGGUAGCUACUACAGUUGUUACAACAGCCAUUGCUGGAAGCACACCGACGGUAGUAAUAGCUAAUCCUGCCAAUACUCAUUUAUCGCUACCUAUUGCCCAGAUAAUACCUUCUGGAGUUAAGGGAUUAUCGCAACAAAAUAUACGUAACAGUAAUUCUGUCACUCUUUCGCAGGGUGGGCAAGCAAUUCAACUUGUUGGAUCUCAAAGGCCACGACUUAAUCAUAUGACUCGUCAAGUACAGCCAAAUCAAGUUAAAUCAACUGUUUUGCCGAAUCAAUUAGUAACUGUGGCUAAAACGGUAACAGCAAGUCAGUUGAUUCUAUCUGGUAACAAACAGGUGUUAACUCCUAUAAUGGCAACGAAACCAGUGCUUAUGGCGUCUCAGACGACACCUUCUUCCCAAGUAGUACCUGCAAAUAAACAAACAUUAUUGACAAAAUCCUUGCAUGCUAGAACUUCUACAGGGCAAUGUAGUCAACAAACUCAAAGCCUCGGAGUAACAGCAUUGUCGCAGCAACAAUUACAGAGAACUCUCGUGAAACCUGUACAGCUCCAACAGUUACAAUGUUUAGCUGCGCAACAUAAAGUAGCUGUUGCGACCGGCAAUACACAAAACAGAACUCAAAUUGAGCCUCAAAGAAAUUCUACAUCUACCCCCGGGGAAGAUCCAGCCUGAACAUGUUCAAAUAAUUAAUAAUGUCUCAACAUUACAUUUAAAUAAUUGGAGCCUGCCUAGAAGAAAUUUAAUGAGGUGUUUAUAUAUUACGUUAAUGUGACAUUUGGAGUUUUAAUUAUGCAUGCAAUUAUAAUUAUAAAUUAUGACAUUUUUAUUCAUGAACGAUUAAUGUUUAUCAACAA